UACCACACAGACACAACAGCAGUCGCGGCGGCUCGUCGUGCCGAGAAAUAAGCACACGAAUUUCGGGGGAAAAAAGUGCGUUGUUGUUGUUGUUUCGCGCUUUCGGGAAAAAAAAAGUGUCGUGUUUCGGAAUUGUUUCUCCAAAUUGUCGCCUUUCUGCCAGCAGCAGCAUCCUGCCUGGUCCAAGAAUUCGUCCACUGCGCCCAUGCCAGCGCACCGACGGAAACCGUAGCCGCGUACCGCCGUAGGAAAUACGUGUGAGAAAUCGCCUCCCUCGAGGUGAUCCGAGUAGCCAAUACCCUCAGCCUGGACCAGGUAGGUGAGAGCUAAAACGGGUCGAACGGGGGCUUUCCAGCGCAACAGCCACGAUGACAUUGAGUAUGCAGUUUUUGGUGUGUUGCAUCGUUGCAAUGGCCCGUUGACCGACGGCUAAUUACCGUGUAAAGUCAUUGUGAUGGUCCUGUGUGUUUAUCUUUCGGCCGAGACUGUUGCGGUGUGAAUAUUCUAGACCUUUCGGACGGUGUUCUGCGACGGCAGUGGAACCACUUCUUCACAUUUUAGUGACCACAAGACGCACCCCCCAGAUGCAACAGUUUGUGAUAGUUGCGUGAGAAAAGUUGGCUUACGGGGGCACAGAAGGGCACACCAACACCACCACCACCACCGCUAUGGCCAUCUAUUGCUGGGGCAAUACGGCCCAUGGCGAGCUCGGUCUCGGUGGGAUCGAGGAGGAACAGGUGAUGGUACCACGCAAGAUGGAUUGGUCGCAGGCGGACGAGGUGGUCCGGGUGGAGUGCGGCACCAGCCACACACUGUUCCUCACGAAGGAGGGCAAGAUGUACGCGUGCGGCAACAAUGAUCACGGUCAGCUGGGCCACGACCUCGACACGCUACCGAACAAAAGGCCACGUAUGUCGAGAUUUAAGCGGUUAACAUCGCUAGAAAAUUACAUCAUCACGUGCAUCAGCUGCGGUACGGCCCACUCGCUAGCGCUCACCAACUGGGGCCAGGUGUUUAGCUGGGGCUCGAACGCCGUCGGCCAGCUCGGCCACGAUGCGGAGAACGGGCGGCAACCAACGCCGCGCAUGAUCAAAGCGAUCGGGGCCAAGCACGUGGUGCAGAUCGCGUCCGGCCAGUAUCACUGCCUGGCGCUCACGAACAACGGCGAGCUGUACGCGUGGGGCUCGAACUCGUACGGCCAGCUGGGCAUCGGGACGACGAGCGAAAAGGUGCCAAUGCCUACGCUGAUCCAAUCGCUGGCCGGUGUGCCGAUUGCAUUUAUUGCCUGCGGUGGCAAUCAUAGCUUUGCUGUAUCCAAAUCGGGUGCAAUAUUUGGCUGGGGUAAAAACACCUUCGGCCAACUGGGGCUGAACGAUCUGAACUCGCGCUGCUACCCGACCCAGCUGCGGACGCUGCGCAGCCUCGGCGUGCGGUACAUCAGCUGCGGGGACGAUUUUUCCGUCUUUCUCACGAACGAAGGAGGCGUGUUUACGUGCGGUGCCGGUACGUUCGGCCAGCUCGGGCACGGUAGCUGCAGCAACGAGAUCGUACCGCGGAAGGUGUUCGAGCUGAUGGGCAGCAAGAUUACGCAGAUCGCCUGCGGGCGGCGGCACACGCUGGCGUUUGUACCGUCGCGCGGGAAAAUCUACGGCUUUGGGCUGGGCGGCGUGGGGCAGCUCGGGAUCGGCAUGGUGGGCAACCACAGUACGCCACAGAUCGUGCGUGGACCGUGGUUUAAAACAGAUUUUCAAGCAUCGGACUGUGAUGAAACGCAAAUAAUCGUGAAUCGCAUAUUUUCCGGCGGAGAUCAGUGCUUCGUGUCGCUGCUGGGAGGCGACGAGUCGGCCGAUUUCCGUGUUUAUGAUGACAGCACACAGAUUCUCUCGCUCUCGCUGGAAAUGGGCAAAGAGCUGGCCAAAAUAGAGCCCGAACAGACGGUCGAGCUGGAUGUGAUAUCGUCGGUGGAAACGAUCUUCAAAUCGCUCGCAUGCCUGAACGGCUCCCUGCUCCUGCCAAACGACGCGCACCUGUGCUGCACCUCCAAGCAUCCGGGCGUGGACAUGGGUGCGGCCGAGGAAACGUUCGACCAGAUACGCAAGAUCGAGCGGGAAUCGAUCCGCCAGCUGAUACGCGACUCGAUCGAGUCCGACCUGCUCGGUGCCUUAACCGCUUCCCCUGCCGACGUGGAGACGCUGCGCAUCUACCUGCUGCUGCCGCUCUACCACGAGUUCAUCAACCCGAAGCACUACCAGAAGCUGCACGCGCCCUUCAGCAAGGCGGUGCUGCAGCUCGCCAAGAACGCGUAUGAGAUCGUGGUCGGCUGGUGGGCCAACCAGUCGCGCGAGUACUUCGAACGGAUGGUGGAAAACUGUAAAAGCGUCGUGCUGUACAUCAUCAACUUUAAGUUCCCGCGCGUAGAGAGCCCGGCCGGGGCGGAGAAACCGCACCAGCAGGAGCUGCGGUACGAUCCGCACCUGGCCGCCAUGCUGGACAUGCUGGCGGUACUGUACUGGAUCAACCACCAGAAGCGCACCCAGAAGCUGCCGUACGAGCAGUUCCACAUCAACGAGAUCGACGAUCUGAUCGACAUCCGGCAGGACUACUUCCGCUGGACCACCGACGCCAAAGGGGUCACGUUUUCGCUCUGCAACUAUCCGUUCGUGUUCAAUGCGUCCGCCAAGAUGCUGCUGCUGCAAACCGACCAAGCGAUGCAGAUGUACCAGGCGAUGCAGAGCGCCGCGACGGCCAGCUGGCUGUCGAUGCUGUACUCGCCCGCCGCCAAUUCCGCCGCCUGCCAGUACAUCGUGCUGAACGUGACGCGGGAAAACAUCGUGCAGGACACGAUCCGGGAGCUGUCGCACUACGCGGCGAGCGAUCUGAAGAAGCCGAUCAAGAUCAAGUUCUGCGGGGAGGAGGCGGAAGACGCGGGCGGCGUGCGGAAGGAGUUCUUCAUGCUGCUGCUGCGGGACAUUCUCGAUCCGAAGUACGGGAUGUUUAAGUCGUUCGAGGAAUCGAACGCGAUCUGGUUUACGGAGGAUUACUUCGACAGUGAUGAUAGCAUGUUCGCGCUGAUCGGCAUACUGUGCGGGCUGGCGAUCUACAACUUUACGAUCAUUGCGCUCCCAUUUCCGCUCGCGCUGUACAAGAAGCUGCUGGGGGAGGAGGUCGAUAUGAAGGAUCUGCAGGAUUUGGCCCCGACGGUGGCACGAUCGAUGCAAAGCAUACUGGACUACGAGGGCGGCGAUCUGGAGGAGGUGUUCGAUCUGUGCUUUACCACGACGCGGGACUACUUUGGUGAGAUACAGACCAUUCCGUUGAAACCGAACGGGGAAAACAUUCGACUGACGCAGGGAAACAAACAAGAGUUUGUAAAUCUGUACAUUGACUACGUGUUCAACAAAGCGGUUGAAAAAUCGUUCCGACAGUUUCACGCCGGCUUUAUGCGUGUCUGUGGCGGGCGCGUAAUGAAGCUGUUCAAGGCGCACGAGCUUAUGUCGGUGGUGGUCGGCAACGAGGAGUACGACUGGAACGUGCUGGAGGAGAACGCGGAAUACAAGAACGGUUACACGUGCGGUGAUCAGACGAUACGAUGGUUCUGGGAGGUGUUUCACGAGCUACCGCUGGAGGAGAAGAAAAAGUUUCUGCUCUUUCUUACCGGCUGCGAUCGUAUCCCGAUCAUGGGUAUGAAAGCGAUCAAGAUAUUCAUUCAACCGACACCGGACGACAAAUUUCUACCGGUGGCGCACACCUGCUUCAAUCUGCUCGAUCUACCUCAGUACCAAACGAAGGAGAAGCUCAAGUACAAACUACUACAGGCAAUCCAACAGACUCAGGGUUUUAGCUUGGUGUGAAAAUGGUACAGCGGCGUCCUUCUCCCUCCCUCCAUCUUCAUAACUCUCUUUCUCGCUUUGUUUCUCUCUGGAACUCCUUGUUUUAGUGUAUUUCCCCGGUGCACGAAGACCCCAGAGAUCGUUCGGGUUUGUUUGUUUUUUUUUUAUUUAACUAUGCUAUGUGAUGUUUUUGAUAAUGGAAGAUUACGCAAAGCUCCGAGAUCAAACCUCUCUCGUGUUACCGGUGUUCUUUUUUUACCUUUCUUCCUUUCAAUUAGUGCCCUUUUCUUUCGUUCUUUCGGGUUGAAUGUGACAAAAAACAGCAAAAUGUGUUCUCAAAUGAUGGACUUGCCUAAUUGACGCGCCGCGAGCACCGGUGUGUUGCCAUCAGUUGUGUGUUGUUUGGUGCUGUUGCGUAGUUGCUGAUCGAAUCGAAACGUACGUACGGCAAUAAAUGAAGGAAAGCAAUAGUAACAA